AUGGAUAUCCACAAUUAAAAUUGCAAAAAUAACGCUGAAUAUCGAAAAAAAUAAGUUUAAAUAAAUCUGCAAGUGGCUCGUUUAUGUGAAAAAGCAUAUAUGAAAAAACAUUAAAUUCAUCUUAAAUAAGGAUUAAAAUUUAUGAAUGAGAUGAAACUAAGAAAAUGGCAAGGGAUUAAAUAGAGCGAAGAUACAAGAUAGGUAUAUCAAGAAUACAGGGUGUUAAAAUUAUUGAUUAGUUAUGGGGAGAAAGUAGCCAAUCAGGAGUUAGAUGCAAAAUAUCAUUUGAUAACUCAAAAUGAAAUAAUGGCAGCACAAUAGAGUAUUGAAGAUCAGAGUAUAUUCGACUUGAUUGAGUAAAUGAAUAGAUUGAUCAAUUAAAGAUUAGACUAUUGUUAUAAAUCCAAGAUGUAAAAUUUUGGAAGUAUUUCAUUUCGAGUAAGUAAAUUUAGAUAAGAUAGUCCAAGAGGCAUUCCAGAUACAAAUAAAUUAAAUUCGUUCUCCGAUUAUUUAAGUUUGAAUUUUACUUUGAAUUCAGAUUAAUCUGGGCCUGCCUUAGGAUUAAAAUAGACGACUCAUGCCAAAUCGUCAAUAUCAAUAAUGGGGAAACUAAAGAAGAGUGGGAAGAUCAGUCAGUUCUUACAACAACAAUAGUCUAUAAAAUCAAUACAGAAUAAUGAUCUUGAGGAAGAAUAAUUAAGUAAUUUUUAAACAAAGAAGAAAAGUUGUUUUGCACAGACUGCAAGUUCUGAGAGUGAUUUAGACAUAAGUAUUGAGAAUUCUGAUUUAUAAAUGGAGACACUUGAAUCUACAAAAUAGAUAGAAUUUUAAUAAGAUUGUUUUUUUGCAUCAGAAAAAGGAUAUUUUUCAGAUACUGAAAUAAUUAAAUUAGAUGCCGAGAAUAAAAACUAAGAGAGAAACAUUUGUUUAAAGGAUUUCCAAUUUAUAAGACAAAUAGGCUAAGGUGCAUAUGGUGGAGUCUUUUAGGUGAAAAGAAUAGCAACAGGAGACUAAUAUGCUCUAAAGAUAAUAAACUGUUCGAAUCGACCUUUUGAGAGGUUAUUGACCUAAUUAAAGUAAGAGAGAAAUAUAUUUGAAAUUUUGACUGGUGAAUAUGUUGCUAAAGCAUUUUAUUCAUUUCAACACCAAUCUUCAUUGUGUUUUGUUUAAGAAUUUAUGGUUGGAGGCGAUUUUGCUAAAAUAUUGAUGAUCGAAGGGGCUUUCGAUGAGAACAUAGCAAGACAUUAUUUUGCUGAAAUUCUGCUAGCUCUUGAAUAUCUUCAUAGCAAUAACAUAGUUCAUAGAGAUUUGAAACCAGAAAAUAUACUCUUGGAUUAAAAUGGUCAUAUCAAAUUAGCUGAUUUUGGAUUGAGUGAGUUAGGGUUCAAUAAAAUGAUGGUGAAGAGGAAAACUAGUCAAAGAGAUAUGGUGAAGUAAGAUUUAUCAUCUUCUCCUGGUUAUAUUAUUUAAAGAGGAGCUUCAUUUAAGAAAUCUAGAUCGACCAACAGUUAAUACGAAAAAGGAUCAGAGGAAGAAAGAAGGAAAGUAGUUGGAACUCCUGAUUACAUAGCUCCAGAAAUAGUCAAAGGAAUAUCUUUUUCUAAUAAAACUUUGGACUACUGGUCUUUAGGUGUCAUUUUAUUUGAGUUUUUGGUUGGAAUACCACCUUUUAAUGAUGAAUCUGUUGAUAAGAUAUUUUCAAAUAUAUUGGAAGGUAAAAUAGAAUGGCCUGAUAUUGGAGAUGAUCCUGAGACAUAAAUUUCAGAAUGCGUUUACGAUCUAUUGAAAUAAUUGUUGAAUCCUGAUUAUAAAUAGAGGAUAGGUCAUGAGUCGAUAGAGUAAAUAAAGAAGCAUCCAUUUCUAAAUUCGAUAAAUUGGAAUAAAUUGAGAACUCAACCAGGACCCAUCAUUCCGAGAAUACCAUAAAAUACUUAAUAGUUCGAAAAUGUUUAAGAAAAAUUACAAAAGUUUUUAUAAAGAAGUGAAAGGAAACACUCUUAGAUAGUUAAAAAGUUACAGGACGAAUUAGAAUAUUUGGAACGAGUGGAUCUUCUGAUAGCAACAAAUGAAUAAGAAGUAAUUUAAAUUAAAUCCUAAUUUAAUUUAUGA